CCGGUAAUUCCUCUCCAUCACAACCGAAACCGGCCGCGUCCGUCUCCAACUUAUCGAGUCGCGACCAAGCACCGGCUGGCAAAGCGGAGCUUCUACGCGUCGCCAUGAUUGUCGUCCGAUCCCUUUCUUUCCUUUUUUUCCUGGGACGGGUUAAAUAUAGGAUCCGGCGCAUGUAUAGAAAGCGUUCGUGUUCCUACUUCCUAUUCUUGACGAGGCGUUCGGUGUCCGCGUCGGUGUGAUCUUAACGUCGGUGGGUGUUGGAUGGCGGCACGCCAAUGUACCGACUCGUUUAGCUUCGCGUUGUCUGGACGUUGGGGUUUUCCUGCAUCGGGUUCUUGAAUUCGGGGUCGAGAUCUCAGUUGGGGUAUAAUUCGGUAGCUCCGAAAGCCGACUUCUCGGUUUGGUCUCCGGAUUCUCCUUUGACAUCGUUGCGGUCGCCGAGGAGUUGGAAUCGGAAACGGGUGUUUGUAGUUUGUCUGUUUCGGUUAUAUCCGUAAGAGGGCUCCGUCUGCUUUUGAAGAUGCCGGCCACCGCGGGUAGGGUUCGCAUGCCUGCGAACAAUAGGGUUCACAGCAGUGCAGCCCUUCAGACUCAUGGUAUAUGGCAGAGUGCGAUCGGGUAUGAUCCCUAUGCCCCCAACAAGGAUGAUGCGAAUAGCUCCGCUCCUGAUAAGGUGGCUAAGUCAGAGGUUGAGGCCGAGAAUUCGUAUACGAGCUUCCAAGAUCUGCUCGCUCUCGCCCGCAUUACUGGAUCCAAUGCCGACGAGGCCCGCGGCGCAUGCAAGAGGUGUGGCCGUGUUGGCCACCUGACGUUUCAGUGUAGAAACUUCCUGAAUAUGAAGGAUGACAAUAAGGAAAGCGUCACGGAGGCAGUGCGGGCUGCGAUCGCAUCUUUUCCUGGGUUGGAUUUGCUGAAGGGGAGUGCUAACAAGGCGAAUGGUAAGACUGAAGCAGAAAGCGAGGAGGAUAGCAAAGACGAAGACGACGAAAGUGAAACUUCGGAUUCUGAUGUUGACUUGGAGAUUGAGAGGGUAAUUGCCAAGCGUGAGGGAAGGAAGGUAAUCACAAAGGGUAGCACAGAGAGUUCAUCAAAGAAGAAGAAGAGGAGGGAUGGUUCAGAAGAUGAAGUCUCGGAUGGUGACCUGGGGGAGAGGAAGAAGAGAGGGAGGUCGAAGAAGAGAAAGAGUGGAAGGAGACGAAGUAGGCUCUCUGAGGGUGAUGAAGUUAGAAGAAAGAGAAGGAAGGGGAGGACGAUGAAGAGGGACGAGUCCUCAGAUGAGGAGGAGCAUCAACGAAGGCAUAGGAAGAGUAAGAAGGAUGAAAGGGGGAGAAAGAGUCAUAGAUAUGCAGAUGAAUCAGGUGAUUCUGACAGGAGGCGCAGGCAGAGGAGCUGGAAGGUAGCUGCGACUUCUGAUUCCCAAGCAAGUAGCUCGGACGACUCGCGUGUUGGAAGGGAUAGGAAGCGAUCUGCCAAGAGUAGCAGAAGACACCGCCAUGAAGAGGAUGACUCUAACUAAGAUAUAGGUAAUGACUUGUACUCAGCUAUUUAGUCAAAUUACCGAGAGUGGGACUGUGCCGUGCAGCCCCACCUGACGCCGAGUGGAAGACUUCUAUGUUGUAGAACGUCUUUCUAUACUAGAAUGUAAUUGAAGUGCCAACUAUAGAUAGAUGUGUUUCUUUGUGAACGAGAAAUGAUGAGGUUACUUCGCUUCAAGAAAGCUACCUUUUUCAUCCUUUCAUUCUGUUAAUGAAAGCUUACUAGAAGAUCUGUCUAUUAGCUAUGUCAAUAUUUGAAUAAAAAGAUAGUGCCAGUUGGUGCA